AUGCCGACCUCACUCCAUCCGCAAGCUAAAUUCGACCCUAUCCCGCCUGAUCUGGACUUGUAUGGAUUAGUGGACAGAACACCUAAUUUCAAAUGGGUCCAGCGCGUCUCGAGAAACCAAAUACGCAGCCUGGGUCAACAGGAGUUCGAGAAGCUCGUACUGAUUCACGUUACCGCGGGCGGCAAGCCUCUCGUUAUUGACGGAUGGGAUGGACUUCUACCAAAAUGGCUUUUCGACGCUGCGUGGUUAGAGAAGACUUACGAUAAAACACAGGAGAAUGUGAGAGAUAUCACCGCCGGUGCGGACAUUCCCAUGACAACGGGACACUACCUGCGAUCGAUGAAACAACUUGCGAACCAGUGGACACCUACCAAUUACCGCGAUGAGCGCCGUCAGCGCCUUUACCUCAAAGACAUCGACUGCCCUCCGGAGUGGCACGAUGCACUACAGAAAGUCAUACACCCAAACCUAUUCUACCUAAACGAGAACGCCAGCGAGGCUGGAGGUUCGCGACAGGACGAAGAUGCCUUCCGCGAUGAAGCCGCAGCGGCCCCAGCGGGUGACCUGAUGUCGAGUUUGCCAGAAGAGAUGCGCGCUCAGAAUCUUAUGUGCUAUAUUGGUCAUGAAGGCACAUUCACUCCAGCACAUCGCGAAAUGUGUGCCUCACUGGGCCAAAAUAUCAUGGUUGAAGCAUCGAGUGACGAGAAGGGCGAGAAGCCUGGAAGUUCCAUCUGGUUUAUGACGGAAAGCAAGGACCGAGAGGUCGUACGAGAAUACUUCCUCUCCAUGCUGGGGCACGACAUCGAGAUCGAGAAACACUUCGCUCAAAUCAACGCGUGGAAGAAGGCGCCGUUCGACGUCUACGUUGUGGAGCAGCGAGUCGGUGACUUCAUCCUUAUUCCGCCCCUGGCCGCUCAUCAAGUAUGGAACCGGGGUACCCGAACAAUAAAGGUGGCGUGGAAUCGCACAACUGCUGAGACCCUCGAAAUGGCAUUGCACGAGGCCCUGCCCAAGGCUCGUCUUGUAUGUCGCGAUGAGCAGUACAAGAACAAAGCCAUUAUCUUCUUCACUCUGCAAAAGUACUAUCGUCAGCUCCAGAAUCUGGAGGAAAACGCAGAAAUGACCUCGAUGAGCUUUCUGGGAAUUGGCCAGGAUAUUCUUAGGAGCUCGCCUCGUGCUAAACAGCUCGCGGGGGACUUCAAGAAACUCUUCAGCCUGUUUACUGAGAUUCAUCUUGAUGAGAUGUUUUCAUUCAAGGAAAAGGAGGUCGAGUUCAUUGAGUUUGACUCAUGCAUCACCUGCUCAUAUUGCCGAUCAAACAUAUUCAACAGGUUCUUGACUUGUAAGCACUGCACUCGCAUGCUGGUGAACGGCGAUGAAGAUACAUAUGACGUUUGCAUGGAAUGCUACGCCAUGGGACGAUCUUGCGCAUGUCUUUCAGGUCUGCAAUGGUGUGAACAAUGGUCGUGGGCCGACCUGGUCAGUAACUACGAAGAUUGGCGCUCAAUGAUAAUUAAGAACGACGGAUUUGUAGAUUUUGAGGCUUCACCCCAGCCUCUAGAGAUAGCGCGGCAGCGUUCUGGGAAAAAGUCCCUGGCACAGAUUUGCCAGGAGGCCUUGAGAAGACGACCUUGGAAAGACAUCACCCAACCAGAACGCGAAAUAACACCAAGCGAGUCGGAACCCGAGGUCGAUGGUGAGGGGAAACCCAAGAAGAAAUACAAGCGAAAGAAAAAGCGAGGAGAGCUCAGGCGAUGCCACGUUUGCUGUCACAAGGACUAUGCCUACCGAGUGCACCAGUGCACGAAUCCGGGAUGUACCGAAUCCUAUUGCUAUGGCGUUCUCUACAGAGCAUUUGACAUGUUACCGCAGAAGGUUCUUGAGGAUGAGCAAUGGCAGUGUCCCAAGUGCUUGGGCAUUUGUAAUUGUGGUUAUUGUCGCCGCGUGGGUAAUACGGAUCCAUACACACCGAAGAACACUUUACUAGGACAUGAUACCCGCCCCAUUGCUGAUGAUCGGAGUGUAGAGGCACUCGUAGACUUUCGAGUCCACAACCUCUCAUGGCUCAAGGCCGCGGGAGAGGAAAGUCGAAGCAAGGAUAGUAAACGCAUGAAGAGACUAAGAGAACAAGCCGACAACGCCAAGGCACAAGAUAUUACAGAUCAGGAAGAAGCGGAACAGGCCAUUCCAGACGACUCAGACAAUCAAGAUGCUGCGAACGGCAUGCAUAGGCCCGGUAUGAAUGGCUAUGGAGAUCAAAGCCAUGUACUUGGUCAAGGCGACCAGUCCAUGGCCGAUGACACUGUUGAAGGACCGUUCCCGCAUUAUCCUGGCGAGAACGGCGGGCCAGCUGACCAGUCUAUGACCAUGGACAUGUCACAGGCGGAGGAUGUCGACACUUCUCUAUAUCCCGAUCCUUCGUUGGUGGCUCGACAGCGUAUUGGCAUGGGAUACUACGAACCGGAUGAUACACCAGACAAGAUUCUGUUCGACCCUUUCCAGGCCCCAUCUGCGGAGGCCAUGCGACCAUUUGAACCAGAUGUCCCUGAGUUUGUCAAGAAAUCUAUUCGUGCGGCUAAACGAAAGGUCAGGCGAGAGAACGAGGAUCCGGACUUCGUCGUUGGCAAGUCUCAUCACAAGAAGCCUCGUCUCGAGACCGAGGCAGAAGCAGAAGCAGACUUCCUGGAUAGUAUGGACCCUGCGUUGUUCAGCGGGCCACCCCCCGCAGCUCCUGAAGCUGUCAUGGAUCAACCUGUGCAGCACGAUGGAGGCCAAGAUUUGGCACAAGGCGUCGAGACAGGUGGUACCCAGAAUACACCAGAGGGAACUCCGGCCUCAGCUCCACCUAAGAAACGGGGUCAGCUAUUGUUCGAUGCAAAUGAGCCUGAACUUAGGCACGCUAAGCCAAUAGCAUCCUAUGUCGAACCAGAUGUCGACUCUGAUGAGUUCGAGGAGGAGCGCACGCACCAAACAAAAACUCGAUCGCCCGGCGGUGUCGAAAAAGGGAACAAGAAGACUACUGUUGACAUGGCCGCUGAUGCAGUUCGCGCUCUCUUUGGAACACCUUCAUCAUCCAGCCCACAAGCUUCUAUCGAGGCAGAACCUGAGCCCGAGACUAAGACUCCCAAGCGACGUGGUCGCCCACCUAAGAAUACGUCUUCUCCUUCGCAGGCUUCGCCGGCUGGUUCAUCUAAGAAGUCCAAGGGCGGUCAGAGGGGUUGGCCCAAGGGCCGGCCUAGGAAGUCACAUCUGUCUCAGGUUGUGGCAGCAGAUAAUUCAGAUGAAGCCGCUGGUACGUCUGUUCAAGAUCAAGACGACGACAGUGACUUCGAGCACGAAAAGAUAGUUGGCGAGUUGGAAGCUGAGCUCGCUGCUGAACUUGCAAUUGGUGCACCAGAGGUUGUUGCAAACAGUCAACCACGACGUCGAGGAAGGCCUAGAAAGUCUGGCGUGACUACCAUUGCGACCACAUCCACCACUGCCAAUGUUCUCGACGGAGAUGUCGAGGAACCCACCUCUAGGACUGCUCGUCGCACUCGACGAUCAGAAGCUGCCGACAACGAGCCAUCACAAGCUUCCGUCUCUCCUUCACCUCCACCUGCCGGUGGUGCAGGAACGCAGCUUAUGUCUAUGGCUGAGCGUAUGGCGCUUAAGGGGAAAAAAUUCAAGAUUGGGAAACGCAAGUCCACAACUGCUUCUGGCAAUGCAACAGCGACUCAGUCACCUGCACCAAACACAAUGGCUUCUCCUAAACUACCUCUAGCUGGUAAGCCAACGGCUGACCUCGAGAAAGAGGCUACCCGCAGCCCAAGCCCCGGCAGUGAGUACCAGGUCAGUAGACAGUCACCUGCGGUAUCCUCGGUGCAUCACGAAAGUUCACGCAGUCCUUCGCCACCACCUCCGACUCGACGGCCUGCCCAUCCGACAAUUGUCAGAAUUGGUGAUACAGAUUCCGAAGCAGAACACAGCGAUCCUUCGUCAGGCUCAGGCCCAGGCUCAGGCUCAGGUUCGGACUCUGACAGCGAUGGUGAUAUUCCUGCAAGGCAUGGCCCCAGCCGAGGGGGUGGACGUGGCCGUGGCAGAGGCCGGGGAAGAGGCAGAGGGGGUCGUGGUCGUGGUCGUGGGCAUUAA